UUGGAAUCAACGUUUUCACUGAGUAAUCUGGCAGUUGUUAAUGUGAAAGAUAGGGAGAGUGGACCCGCCAAAGCUGAUCAGCUCUUGAAACUACUCGUGUUUCCUGAACAAAGAUAUUACCGCUGUGAUAGUGCUCGCGUCAAAAAGAUGUGGCUUGAUGAACUCGAAAGAGCGAAGCGUGACAUUUUGCACGAAGGCAUUCUGGUUCGGCAGUCCACAAUCCGAGGGAAAAGAAUUUCAGUUCAGGAACGUGUCAAGCGUGCCGAAGAUAUUCCAUCCACAGCUAACUCGCUCCCUGAGACCGAAGAGGGAGAAGUUAAUCAGGAAGAGAUAGCGUGGCUUCAAGAGUUACCUGCAGAAUUGGACGACUGUAUAGCACACAGAGCAGUAGAACUUAUCCAUGAGUGGAAACAGUGUUCUACGAAGGAUCCCAAUAUAGACGCUCAGCUGAAAAUCAGGGAAAAUCAGAUUGUGCAACUCCUGAGCGAUGACGUCCGCCGUCCAGGUGCCGUACAUGGUGGACCUCGUGCAAUGAAGAAGGCACGAACGCUUUUGUCACAGCUUGGACGAGGAACCUACGCGAUGGACCUUUACCUUCGUCGUCGCAGUGCGUUGCAGAGAGCAGCUGUUAAGGACAUAGCGGUAUCGGAGGAACCCUUGUGCUUCAGUGGUGUUCAGGCGAAGCUUAGUGUCUUGCUUUCUUUAGUUCGACGACAUGUCAUAGAGGUUGCUCCGGCAAUGACUGUCCUUGCGUUUACUUGGGGAAUCCUAAUGAAAACAAUGGACGAGUUAACGUCAAUGGGUGUUCAGCUAACGUUCGAGGUGCAUCGUCUUCUGGCUCCUGCUUUGGAAGCUGCUAUCGAGACCAAUUUUAACAACAUCAUGCAGGGCGUAAAGCUGCGAAUGUCUGAAGAGCGGUGGCGACCAUACGUAUUGGAAUCUGAUUCUGCGCUCACUCGCCUUGUGGAGGAGCUGUCAGAUGUUGGUCUGAACAUUGAUUGGACCGUGGCUGCAGACAGUCGUGCAGCCGUUUUGCUAUCACCACAUGCUAUUCACUUUGCGCGUGUGGCACAUUCGCUUGCCAGGGAUUUGGGCCCGCUUCGACGGUUAGUUCAUGGAGAAAAUGAGGAUAAUAAUUUUCUGUUGGCGUGCUCAUUUCAUGGUUAUGAUAUCAAACAGUUCCAUGCUUUAUUUCAAGUCUCUAGCUGUAUGAUGCUUCUCAGUAAAGGAUGCAGUCCUGGAUUC